AUGUUGAUCCGGCUCAUCUCUGCACUCCUCUUCCUCAUCUUCCUCCUCAGAGCCUCCGCGGAGCUGGGUGCACAGAGCCCGGGACGCGACCUGCAUCACAACGACCGGAACUUUUCAGACCGGGAUCACAUGGGACCAGAACUCAUUCACACCCAGCAGCCCGAGCUGGACCCACUGCCAGGUUCUGCCUUUAACCUGAGAGUCCAGGUCAGUGACGUGCUGAGUCGGCAGCCCCUGAGCAAGGCACUGGUGGAGGUUUACGUCAACUACACCGUCGCCAGCGCUGCGCUCACAGGGGGGGAUGGCGGCGCUUUGCUCCAGGUCCCUUACCUCGUCGGUGUGCCCGUCACAGUCGUGGCCAGCAGGGGGGGCUACAUCCGCACACUGCUGCCCUGUCAGACCAGCAGGAUGCCCAUAUUUUCAUCAGUGACCAUGUCACUACUGGGUCUCAAUCAAGGGAACAUCUGGCUCUUUGAGGAUUCUGUCCUGAUCACUGGAAAAACAUCUGACGCUCUGUCGCAGCCGGUGGUCCAGUUCCCACAGAGUCUCCUGAAUCUAACGGAGGACACUAACCUCACCUCGGUCAGAGCUUACCUGACCGUCCCCCAGCUGUCGUCAGAGAGCGAAGGCUUUCUCAACACUGUGGGCAUCGUGGGCAGCAAGUCAGGACUCGUCAGCGUGGAGCUGAGCCCGAUGGCGGCCGUGAGUGUUCAGCUCUUCUCAGGAGACACGGAGCUACAGGUGAGCGGCUCCGUGCAGCUCAGCCUCAGCGUUCCCGACAGCUGUGGCCUUCAGAUGUCCAGCGUGGUCCCAGCGUGGUUCUUCAACCGGACCACUGGCGGGUGGAUGAGAAAAGGCCUCGGGAAGCUGGUGUCAGUCGAUGGGAAACUCUUGUGGACGUUCACAGCUCCUCACCUCGGAUACUGGAUCGCAGCUCCUCUGUCAUCUAGCAGAGGUUUUUUUGGACUUGCUCUUCCCAUUGACUUCAUCCUGCAGCAUUCGUCUCUCCUGCUGGUCGUACUGGGAGGAACGCUGGUCAUCAUCAUCUGUCUUCUGGCUGGAUUGUUGUGUCAUCGCAGAAGUUCCCCGAGUGUCUCUCAGACAAAGAGGAUCCUGCCGCUGACGAGAAAAGACCAAACCACCUCCACGUGUGACGAUGACGUCUUUGAGCUUCAAGCACACGACGGACUUCACCAGCCUCUCGUAGAAAAUCAUCACAACGGCAGCGUGAUAGCCAAUCCCGGCGCCGUGAGCGUCUCCGAGCUGGACCUCCACCCCGGACCGAAGGAUGUGACCUGUUUAUUUAAAACCACAGAGCAGAUGAGAUCUCUGGCUGAGAAUCUGUUUUUCUACAACCAGCCUGUUGCCAUCCUCCACGCCCCGGCAUUCUUCCAUGUGGAGGAGCAAGAGGAGCUCAGCCAGUGGAGCCGGUCGGCCACGCUGCCCCGGGCGGGGGGGUCAACCGGCGCCGCCUCCGAGCCGCUGAGUGAAGACAGCUUCACCCCGACACAGAAGACCGAGGACCAGCUGGGAGUCCUGGAGGAGCCCGGCACCAGCACGGCCCGGGGUCACUUCGGCCUCCCGGAGUCAGCGUCCGUCCCGGGGACGUUAAACAGAAUCAGGGACAACAGACACUCGCUUCUCGCCUUCGGAGAGUUCUCUGGAAUCCCACAACCUCAAACUCCCCGGGCCUGGUUCGUGUCGCUGGAGGGAAAACCUGCGGCCGAGAUCCACUACGCCGUGUCGGAGCAGCAGAGGAGACGGAGGCCGGUGGACAGUCGGGACACCAGCUUGGACUCGGGGGUGGACAUGAGUGAACUGAACCCGUCGACCGGGAGGAGGACCGUGACCCUGGAGCGCAAGGCCACCUUCGUCAAAAGCACAUCUGGCAGCAAACCUCCAGCUCCACAGUGA